GAAAAUUUCUUUAAAGAAUAAAAAAAUCCAAAAGAGGAAAAAAAAUGUCUACAUUUAAAUUAAAUAAAAUUAAAAAUUAUAAUUUUAACCUUUAUAAAAAUCGAAAUUUUAAAUUAUUUUCUUUUUAAAUCAAAAUUUUAAAAAAUUUAUUUUUCUUAUAAAAGUGUAGCAGAAAAAUAAGUAGUAGAAGCGACCCCUAUACAAUAAAACCGAAAAAAAAGAAAUUAGCUUAAAAAAUAAAUAAAAAUCAGAAAAUUUUAAAUUAAAAAAAUAUAUAGUUAAAAAUAAAUACAUAAAAUAUAUACAUAUAUAUAUAUAAAUAUGUAUAUAUGUAUAUAAAUAUAUAUUUAAAAAAAUAUAAGUGUAUAAUAUAUAUAUGUAUGUAAAAAAGUGUUAUUUUUAAAAAAUUUAUAAUAAAUUUUUGGAAAAAAAAAAUUUUAAUUUACAAAGUGAAAUUUAAAAAUAAAAAUUUUAAUUUUUAAAAAAAAUAUUAUUUUAAAUUAAGUGAUUUUUUUCCGAAAAAUAUAAAUUAAAUAAAAAUGCUAUUAAUAAAUUAAAAAUAUAGAGAAAAUUGAAAAAAACCACUAAUGCAGCAAUUUUAUUUUUAUAUUAACAAAACAACAACAACAAUAACAGUAGCAGUAACAGUAACAGCAUUUGGCAACAAUAAUUUGGAAUUUACUUAUAAAAAAUAAAAUUUUCUUUAAUUUUUUCGUAUAUUUUUUUCUCUCUAAUCUCUUUUGUUUUUCCAUAUUUAAUAAAAUAUAAUACAUAAAUAUACAAAACCAAUUUAAUUAAUUAUUAUUAUAUACCAAUAUAAUAAUUAUUAUUUUUAUUAUUAAUAAUUUAAUAAUAAAAAUUAUUUAAUGAAAAAAUAUUCAACUUUUUGAAAAGAAUAUACAAAACAACAGAAAAAAAAAAUAUAUAAAUAUAUUAAAACUUAUUAGCUAAUUUUAUAAAUUAUAAUAAUUAUAACAAAAAAAAAAAAGAAAAGAAAAAUUAAUUGGAAAAAUAAUAUAGAAAAAAAAAUAUACAAUUUAUAAGCACACACAGAAAUAUAUGUACAUAUAAUAUAUAUAUAUAUAUCCAUACAUUAUGUGUACAUAUACAUAUAUCGAAAAAAUUGAAUAAAUUAUAUAUACAUAUAUAGAAAUAUGUAUGUAUAUAUAAUCGUAUAAUAGAAAAAUAAUCAAACUAAACCAAAAAAAAAAAAACAACACACAAAAAAACAAGGAUCAGGAUCAUAGGAGAAAAGCAGAACAAGAAAAAGAAGGAAAAUAGAAUAAAUUCAAAAGAAAUUAUUGAGUGACAAAAAUCAGAAAUAAAAGGAUAAACAUAAAAAGGAAAUCUACAUAUAUAUACAAAGUUAUAUACAAACGUAUACAUAAUAAUAAAAUAGAAGAAAAAAAGGAAAUAAAAUAGCAAAAAUGGAUAUGAGGCGGUCGAGACGUCUUCGUAUGUGGAAUUUGGGAAUAUUAUUUAUAAUGUACUAUUGCAUGUCUGCUUAUUCUCAAUCGGAUGUUAGUGAUAUUCCUGAAGAUACAUUAGCUCCAAAUUUUGGAGAAGAUGAAUCAACAACAAUAGCAGCAUCAGAGCUUCCCAAACUUUCAGAUGACGCUACACAAAAUUCUACAAAUGUAGUUACAACUCCAUCACCUCUAAAUAGACAUGGUAAACCAACAUUAAGGCCACCUAGAAUUAAUUGUACACCGCCUGCCAUCGAACAAUUUCCAAGACCAUUAAUGCCAAGAAAAGCUCGCCUCUAUGGUGGUUUAAUAAUACAUUUUGUAGUUGCAAUAUUUUCAUUUCUUGGUUUAGCGAUUGUAUGUGAUGAUUAUUUUGUUGCCAGUUUGGAUAGAUUAUGCGAAGAAUUGAAACUUUCACCAGAUGUUGCUGGAGCAACAUUUAUGGCUGCAGGUAGUUCUGCACCAGAAUUAGCAACAGUUGUAAUUGGCGUAUUUUUCGCAAAAGAUGAUAUUGGAAUUAGUGGUGUUAUUGGAUCGGCUGUAUUUAAUAUUAUGUUUGUAAUAUCUGUGUGUGCAUUAUGUUCUGGUACAGUUUGUCAACUAAAUUGGUGGCCAUUAGUUCGAGACUGCUUUUUCUAUUGCCUUUCAAUAUUACUAAUGUUAUUAGUCAUCGUUAAUGAUUAUAUUUCAUGGUUUGAGUCUGUCAUAAUGUUAGUUUUCUAUGUAAUUUACUGUGUAACAUUACAUUUUAAUACGCCACUAGAGAGAUGGGCAAUGUCACUAAAUCUUCCAAUUAAACUUCCUACAAAAGAAGAACAAUCAUCAUUAGUUACAUAUAAAAAUGUACCAGAUACAUCAUACACACAAGAUAAUCAACAACAAGUAACAAGUUUAACAGAAGAUCCGUCAAAGCCAUCGAAUCCAUAUGAACAAUCAAAUGAUUAUCAAAAUUAUAAUGAUCCAAAUUCAAGUUGGGAUCCAAAUUCAGCAUGGGGUGAUGAAUCAUCAGCGCAACCAGUUAGUAAUACAGGUGGAGCCGGUAGAGGAAUGGCAGCUGGUAGACAGGAUGAUUGGGGUACAGGUGCAUGGGAUCAAGGUGAGGGACAACAGAAUUAUGCCUAUAAUCCAGAUAAUCCAGAUCAAGGACAACAAGAUUCAACGAAACCACCAGCAGGAAAUACAAAUGGGGCACCAAAAGUUGGUGAACCAGGUCCACCAGAAUAUUAUAAAUCAAAAGAUCCAAAAGCACGUGAACCACAACCAAAUCCAUUAGAAAAGCCAGCAGAUGGUGGUCUUCCGAAAUUAAUAUAUUGGCAUGUUGUUUAUCCAAUUCACUAUGUUUGUAUGUAUACAAUGCCCGAUUGUAGAACUGAGAAAUUUCGAAAUUGGUAUCCAUUUACAUUUGUCAUAUCAAUGGUAUGGAUAUCAUUUUUCUCAUAUUUCAUGGUUUGGAUGAUCACUAUAAUUGGGUCAACUCUUGGUAUUCCUGACACUGUUAUGGGGCUGACAUUUGUGGCAGCCGGUGUCUCGGUGCCGGAUGCUCUUAGCUCAAUUGCGGUGAUCAAAGAGGGCUAUGGUGAUAUGGCUGUUAGUAAUGCAGUAGGUUCAAAUGUAUUUGAUAUAUUAGUAUGCCUUGGCCUACCUUGGUUAAUACAAACUGCAAUUAUUUCACCCGGCUCACAUGUAAAUGUUAUUUCAAAAGGUUUGGCCUAUUCUACGCUUUCUUUAUUUUCCACAGUUUUAUUUUUACUAGUUUCAAUACAUUUAAAUGGAUGGAAAUUAGAUAAACGUUUAGGAAUCAUACUGAUGGUGUGGUAUUUAUUAUUUAUUACCCUUGCUUCUUUAUAUGAAUUAAACGUUUUCGGUAACUGGAACCCGCCAGAAUGCUCAAGUGAGUAUUAAAGUUUCAACGUUCAUCAUAUGGAAUAUCUCUUCAAUAUUUUCAUUAAAAAAAUAUUAUUAACUUAUCUAUUCUGAAUGUGACUAUAUUUCAAUUUAACUACUUAUCUGUCUUUCAAAUUUACUUAAUUUAUUUAUUUUUUUGAAAAUGAUUGACAAAUUCUAUGAUUUUUGAAAUUUUUUCCUUAUGAAUAAUGAUUUGAUAAUUAUUGAUAUUUUUAGAUGUGGUAAGAAAAUAAUAACAAAU